GAGAGCGGAGACGACGAGAAGGGUCGAUACGAUGACGACGCCGUCGGCGGGGAGGCGGAUGACGAAGACGGGGACUGGGGCGACAAGGCGUUCCUGUGGAAUCUGCUGAAGAAGGUGGAGAACGUCGACCGCUACGUGCUAUCGAUACAGAUGCUGCACCAAGUCAUCAGCUUCCGCCAGCGCGAGGAUCCCGACGCCGACAUAACGCCCCUGAUGACCUAUCUCCGCAAGCUCUUGGGCCGUAUGGGCCACCAACUCAAGAGUCUGAAGCCUCUGGGCAGCGCGUUCAACACGUCCGUGGUACUUUCGUGGUAUGGCGUCACUGCGCUUCACUACCUCUUUAGCUCGCGACAGCAGCAAGCCGAGCGCGAGCAUUCGGCCUACUGCGCGUCCUCCACCGUGAUAAUCCACCAGAUGGUAAUGGAUGUCUUCAUCAUGUUCCGCCGAUACGACCUCGUACGACGGCUCCUGGUUGUGGCCGAGCCCUUUGUAAAGAUCCAUCCUCUCGCACAAGACAUUACCCGAGGCUACUGGGACGCCGUGAACAGACACGAUUGCUUGUCUUGA